AGCAUGUCCGAUAUGUGAAGAUAACACUUGCGAUUUGCGCUUACCUCAUUGCAAAAAGAAUGUUUAUAUGAGUCAUCGCAGGUUUCUUCCGCGCACUCAUCGUUAUCGUGCAUUGAAGAAGGCAUUUAAUGGAAAAACUGAGCACGAAGUGCCUCGUCCUCCAUUAAGUGGCCAUGAUGUGUAUGAUAGGGUGAAAGAUUUAGAGACAGUCUUUGGAAAGCCUUAUAAGCGUAACAAACAGAGCCUUUGGAAGAAGAAAUACAUCUUCUAUGAGCUUCCUUAUUGGAAAGACUUGUCUGUAAGACAUUGUCUUGAUCUCAUGCACAUUGAAAAGAAUGCGUGUGAUAGCAUUAUCUCGACCAUUUUGAACAUUCCUGGUAAGUCAAAAGAUAACAUAAAUAUCUGAAAAGACAUGGUUGAACAUCUCAACAUUAGAAAAGAGUUGGCACCACAACCACGACUUAAUGGUUUCUAUCUUCCACCAGGCAGCUACACAUUAUCAAAACUGAUGUAUUAUAUGUACCACCUAACACUGUAUAUUUAAUAUGCUAGCUAACACUUUAUAUUUUAUAUGCAACCUAACAAUUUAUAUUUAAUAUGCUAGCUAACACUUUAUAUUUAAUUCAUUAUGUAGCAUGACUAUGUUCUAGAAGAUAACAUGGUUAAACCAUUAAGAUUGGAGAAAUCGGUUAAGAUCAGCUUUCGUCACUAAGACACGACCGAUUGGAAAGGAUUGUGACGAUCCUUUGGAGAAGUACAAAGACCAACUCACAAAAGAAGUGUGGGAAGAUUUUGUGGCUAAGAGUACGACUCCAGAGUUUAUGGCUUUGCGUGAGAAGAAUAGACAAACAGCGCUUAAGAACAUUUUUCCUCACCAUAUGGGUCGUUCAGGAUAUGUGCUUUCCAUGGCGAAAUGAAAAGAGCAAGGCUUACUAGACUGGUUUCUUCCGACAUCGGAGGUAGAUUCAACGAAAUCUAGCACAACCACAACUAAAGAAAUUCCAAGACAUGUGAGUUGGUUUUGUGCUAGGUCGGGAUUGACAUCUGAUGGACAUUUAGCUUUUCCUAGUAAUAUUGAAGGCAUGUUAGAGAAAAAAGGAAAUUAGACAAAAUUCAAGAUGACAUAGCUGCAGGGACAUGGAAGCCAAGUGGAAGACAUGAUAUUUUGAGUGAGGUUGUAGGGAAACUUGACAAUCCUGGCCGUGCACUUGGCGUUGGUGGUGGUGUGGGUUAUACCCGAGUGUUUGAAGCGGAGCGUAGAGGUGGACGGCGCGAGACUGCGAGAGAGUGGGCAAUUUGAGUGAGGAUGAUUUGAAAAAGUUGCAAGAGAGAUGGUUGAAGGAUAUGCAUCACUACUUUGUUCCUAGAGGUGAACAACCUGACAUGGGAUCAACACGAACUUUUGAGUCAAGCCAAGUAGAGAUAAUGAACUCCACAGCUGAUAUUCCACAUAAAUCUUUCAUUGAUGGUGCAUCUUGUAGGCUGGCUGUUGAGUCACAUACUGUUAAUGGUGAUAUGAGCUUGGAUUAUGUGGCCGUAGCUGUAGCUUACGACACACCAGUUGGUGCUUUGAUCCAUAACGUACUGAUGUCAGAUAAAACAAUUAAAGUGAAUAUAUCAAUGUCAUGUCCAGGUUUUGAUCAUCAGUGUCCUUUGUUGUUUCCAAAUGAAUUAGCUGAUAUGUAUGUUGUAGCGGAUGUUGUGGGUUCCUUUGUUCAAUGGCCAGCUAGGUUGGUGAUUUUUGAGGGGGAGGAACCACAAUUUCAACAUAAAAAGAAAGAGAUAAAGAAGAAGCAAACAACAUUUGUUGAGAGAGAUCCUCCAAAAGUAACGGUUGCACCUUCCAUAUGCCCAUUGGUCAGUGAGAGCAUACUUGAUACUCUUACAGAUGAUGUUUUGGAGUUACGUGACGCAUUGCAGUAGUUUGAACUUGAAGAUUGUAAGUUCUCAGUCCAUCUUCCUAUAGAUGUGUUCGGUUUCCAGGAAAAUCAUCCAUUUGGGGCUCACUUUCUUGAGGGGGACUCACUUGAGAUCUCUAUCAUUCAGACUUUCAUGGUGUAUCAUUGGAUUCUGCUUGUCAUUUGCCCCAGGGUCGAUAAGGGAUAUAUUUUUGAUUCCUUGUCGAGUUCUCCUAGCAUUAGCAUUCAAAGAGAUUUAACAACAAUGUAUAGAGUGACAUCUGCACAAAAAGGUCGUGGUAAGCCAAUUAAAUGACAUAGUGUGAAGGUUGCACAACAAAUCGGAAGUACUGAAUGUAAUUAUUAUGCCAUGAGGUUCAUGUGGGAAAUAUUAUCAUACUCUCAGAAUCAUGAUAUUGGACUGGUAUGGCAUUCAAGAAGUGAACCAUAUACAUUAGGAGAGUUCAAUGAAAUCAGAAAUGUACGGUCAAGAUACUUUCUUGAUAUAGUAUUGCAAACUUGAGGAAAAACUACGUAGCAAAAAAAUUUGCACAUUGUAUUAAUGUAUGCAUUUUGAUUGGAUGUUUAACUAAAUAAGUACUUGAUUCUGCAUUAUGCACUUGAUACAUGAUGAUAUGGUAUUAUUUUUGUUGGAUACAUUUGAUUGUAUUAUAAACCGGAAAAUGAAGCUGAAUUUUAAUAUUAAUGCGUUAUAUAUUAAAUAUAAUUUCAGAGGCGCUUUAACCAUUAAAUGCAUCUAAAAAUAUCCGUUAAUUUCAAAUUUAGAGCCGUUAUUUGCAACCCAAAAAACCGUUUAGAGGCGCUUUCAGCAAAGAAGCGCCGCACGUGUCACCAGGAUUUUUAAAUAUGGAGGCGUUUUUUUGCAAGAUAGCGCCGCACGCGUCCCUGGAAUUUUUGAAUUUAGAGGCGCUUUUUUGUUAAUGGAGCGCCGCACGCCUCAGCAAAAAAAAUAAAAUAAAAAAAUGUUGGAGGCGCUUUCUUACAG